CACUGGGAUGCAAAAUCACCUGCUGACUGUUGGGACGCGAGCUGCUGCCACAUCACCGCUUCAGAUAUAGCGCUUGGUGGCAACAAAGCUAUCAAAGUUAUCGAAGCGGCAGAGCUACCUAAGCUGCCAACCACAAACACACGCCGCUCAGAGGUACACUCUCCUGCAUCCACAACAGGUAGCAACCCAGGGUUCACUUGGGAAGGGUCAAGUCAGACCCCUGGCAGAGAGGAAAAGAGGACGGAUCACCUGCCAUCACUCAGACACCCAGUGGAGCGGACGUCAUACACAGAGAGGAGGAGGAAGAGGUGAGAGCAACAAGAAUCUGGAUUGGGACUUUCUUUAACUCUCUUUUUUUUCAAAAAAUCUUUUUGAAACUCUUUUUUACGACUCUUCUACCUUUUAACUUUUUAACAACAAGAAGACAAGAGGAAAGAGCCGGAGUUUACAAAACUUUAAAAAGACCAAGCAAGGACUUUUGGCCUCAACAGAUACUUUUGCAUAUGGCAAAGGGGGGUUAGAGUUAGAGGGGGGAGUUCUGGAGGAAGUCUGUGAGUUUGAGGAAAAAGGAGUUGAGGACAGCAGAGUUGAAGCUGGAGAGCGAGUGGGAGCUCGACGGGGAGUUGGAGGAAGCCAGUGGGUUAGUAGGAGGCUAGAGAAGAGCCCAGGGAAGGUGUGAGAGAAAGACCCAGAUCUUGGGAACAUCAGAAAAACCCAAACAAAGACUUUCUGGCACGGAUACUCACACAGUGGGGACUUUGAGGAAACAAGUGCUGAAGGAGAAGAGUAGAGCUUAAGAAGUUUGAAGAAAAGAGUCGACGGCAGGGAGAGACAGGUAGGAGUCAGGACAUAGACAGACACAGAGACAGAUAGGAAAAGAGAGAGGGAUAGAAAGAGAGAGAGAGCCAUCAUGGCGAACCCUGCGCUGGAGGUGGCGGCGCUGUGCCUGACGCUGAUCGGUCUGAUCGGCUGCGCAGCCAGCACCGGCAUGCCGCAGUGGCGCGUCACCGCCUUCAUCGGCGAGAACAUCAUCGUCAUGGAGACCCGCUACGAGGGCCUGUGGAUGAACUGCUACCGGCAGGCCGACAUUCGCAUGCAGUGCAAGGUGUACGACUCUCUGCUGGCCCUGCCCCCUGACCUCCAGGCUGCUCGAGGCCUAAUGUGCUGUGCGGUGGCGCUGGGUGGCCUAGGCCUGCUGGUGAGCAUCAUGGGCAUGCAAUGCACCGGCUGCAUCGACCGAGAAAACCAAGGCGCCAAGCGCAUGGUGCUGAUCAUCGCCGGCAGCAUGAUCAUCGGCGCCUGCAUCUGCUGCAUCAUCCCCGUCUCCUGGACCGGCCACGUCAUCAUCCGCGACUUCUACAACCCGCUGCUGAUCGACGCGCAGCGCCGGGAGCUUGGCGAGGCGCUCUACAUCGGCUGGGUGUCGGCGGCGUUCCUGUUCGCCGGAGGGUGCGUGUUUGUGUGCUGCAGCGUACCGCGGGACGACGAGAGCGACUACUACUCCCGGAAGAAGAACGUGUACAACCCGGGGACGCCUUACGUGUCCUACACGCCGCAGCCACUGCUGCCCGCUGCUCCGGUGCCAAGGCCUCAGUCCAUGUACAGCUACCCAUCCAGGCAGCCCUCCAUACAGGACUACUCCAGACAGCCUUCGAGGCAGCCCUCCUUCCAGCCCUCCAUGCAUCCGUCCCUGCAACAGUCCUAUCAUCCAGGCUAUCUACCCUCUGCGACUCCAUCGUACCAUCCGGACAUGCAUAACCUGUCCAGGCACCCUUCUCUGCAGCCUGUGAGGCACCCCUCUCUCCAGAGCAAAGUCGCCUAUCUCUAGAUCGUCUGAAGCUCAUCCCUGACCCCAGGCUUCAUACAAUGCCUUUUGUGGGACCACCAAUGCCCUUCAAUGUGGAACCAUAUGAGUUGGACCAUGUAGGACCUAAUAUCUCCGACAUGGAAGCGUAGUUCAAGACCACAUAGUUGGUUUGGUGUGGCUUUGGUGUUUUGUAUUUCAGCCCUCAUGGAAAUGUGAUGGUCUAUUGCUGUGAUUCUCAAACUGUGGGCUGGGGCCCACUGGUGUGCCCUGGGUGUAUUCCAAGUGGGCCUUGAAAUCAUCUUCUAAAAAUCCAAAAUCAUGUGAGUGUAUGUUGCUGUUAACCAUGUAUUUGCAUUGUUUAUUUAGCCAGAGGUAGGCCCCAAACAUUUGUGAACAUUUCAGGAGGGCCCAAAGUUGGAAAAAGUUGGGAACCCCUGCUCUUUUGGGUCUGCUGAGUUUUUUUUUUUUUGUUCAUCUCAAGAUUUAGGUUUACUCUCCAGCACUUCAAUAUUUCAACAUUUCACUUGACAUUACAAGGGCUUUGUUGGGGUAAGGGGAUUUUACUUAGUGUCAAUAGUCUUAUAAUCUGACAUUUCUCCAGCAUUUCUUUUGCUUAGUGUUUUAAGAGGUUUCUGGUAGUUACCUUUUAACUGUGUACAUUUCGAUAUUAUUUGUUAAGAUGAUGUUUACUUGAUCAAUCCUCACAUUUCUAAGUGACUGAAAUUUGAUAUUGAAUCAGGCGUACAAUUAUAUUAGCUAUAACCUUUAAUUACAUAACCUGUGACCUUUUUUAAAAACAGAAUCUUUUUGAACAAUAAUGUAGAAAGAAAGCUGAUUAGAUUUUAUAUUCUUCAGUAAACUACAACCUGGAAGGAUGAGUUGAGUUGGCAAGCGGUUGUUUUUCCUGCUCUUGUGGUUGUGUGUUUACAGGAGUGUCAUGGUGAUCCAUAUGCCCUAAAGGCUUCAGUUUCAGUGGGUGUCGAGGAUGGAUCACAUGAGGGUUGUACAACACAGUGGAUGAAGGUGUUAACCAUUUUAACUAUGCACAGCCUUGUUUUUACACUUUUUUAUAUGGGACUUUACCGUUAACUGAUUAUUUCUUAAGUCUAAAAGGGUAUAUUGUCGAGAAGAAAAUGCUUUACUUUAAUUUGUUACUUCAGUACUUCCUUAACAAAAGGUAUUUUUAUGACCCCUGCCUCAGGAAUGCAUUACGGCCUGGGGCAACAUCCUGGUGUGUUGUAUGUCAAUUUAUAAGUAGAUAGCCCUACUAGUAGUACACUUGAUGUAAUAAGGUUGACCUCUGUUUAUGUCAACCGAAGGACCAUUGGAACGAAUGUUGUCUAAAGUAUAAACAUAUAAAGUAUGCUAUAAACAGACUCUCUCUUUGUUUAUAUUGAGGAUUAAAUGUCAGAACAGUGACAUAGUGAGAAGCCAUUCGUCAACAAGUCCUGCCCUAUUUACAUAGCUAUUUGUUUAAGAAUUUCAAACAGAGGCACUAUAGACAGACUACUCCCAACCCUUUGGACGCAUGGGAAAAGGAAGGAACAUUUAUUUUCCAUGUCAUUGGUCUGUUGAUCCAGUGUGUGUACAUAACAUUUCACUUAUGAAUGAGCAUAAAAUAAAGUUUCACUUGUUGAGUU